UCGGGAGAUUCCGCUGACGUUAAUCCCGCCCCUACAGUGCUCAGCGUUGUUUAGGGACAUUAGGAAGAUGGCGGCUGCCCCGCUAUACUGUGUCUGCCGGCGGCCCUAUGAUGUUAACCGGUUUAUGAUCGAAUGCGACAUUUGUAAGGACUGGUUUCACGGCAGUUGUGUUCAGGUAGUGGAGCACCAUGCUGCUGAUAUCGAUGUUUAUCACUGUCCCAACUGUGAGCCCAUCCACGGACCCUCCAUGAUGAAAAAACAUAACAACUGGCACAGGCAUGACUACACAGAGCCAAAUGAUGGCACACGCCCCGUCCAGGCAGGAACUGCUGUGUUUGUGCAGGAACUCCAGGCCAGGAGCUUUGCCAGUGGCAAUGAGAUUCUGGUGCAAAUGUAUGGGAGUCAGGUGACCCAACGCUUCCUGGAGAGGGAGGGCUUCCAUUACCCCAUAGUGGUGCAUGACCUGGAUGGACUGGGUCUUAAACUGCCCUCUCCUUCUUUCUCUGUCAGCGAUGUGGAGCAUUAUGUUGGUGCAAAUAAAGUCAUCGAUGUUAUUGAUGUCGCAAGACAGGCAGACAGCAAGCUGAAGCUGGGAGAGUUUGUGAAAUAUUACUAUCAGCCUGAACGGCCCAAAGUGUUGAAUGUUAUCAGCCUGGAGUUCUCUGAUACAAAGAUGGCUGAUUUGGUGGAGGUUCCUGAAAUAGCACAGAAGAUGUCCUGGGUGGAAAACUACUGGCCUGACGACUCGUUCUUCCCUAAACCAUUUGUGCAGAAGUAUUGUCUCAUGGGAAUGAAAAACAGUUACACAGACUUCCACAUCGACUUUGGAGGAACUUCAGUGUGGUAUCAUGUUCUUUGGGGAGAGAAGAUUUUCUACUUGAUCAAGCCAACUAAGGCUAACCUUGCACUAUAUGAGUCCUGGAGCUCGUCACCCAAUCAGAGUGAAGUAUUCUUUGGGGAAAAAGUCGACAAGUGUUACAAAUGUGUGGUGAAGCAGGGAACUACCAUAUUCCUCCCCACUGGUUGGAUCCAUGCAGUGCUCACUUCUCAGGACUCCAUGGCAUUUGGUGGGAACUUCCUGCAUAACUUAAACAUAGACAUGCAGCUCAGGUGUUAUGAGAUGGAACGCAGACUGAAGACUCCAGAUCUCUUUAAAUUCCCAUACUUUGAGGCCAUCUGCUGGUAUGUGGCCAAAAACCUUCUGGAGACCCUUAAAGAGCUGCGGGAGGAUAAAUGUCAACCUCAGGAUUAUCUAGUGGACGGGGUGAAAGCUUUAAUCUCAUCACUGAAGACAUGGCUGAGGAGGGAGUUGACUCAACCUAACAGUGAGGUUCCAGACCAUAUCAGGCCAAGCCAUCUCAUUAAAGCUCUGACCAAGGAGAUCCGCCACCUGGAGGAUGAAUCGAAUAAAGCUGGAAAAUCUCAGGGAAGUGCUGAGUGCCCUUUAACACGCUCAUCACUGGAGAAAGGAUAUCAGGCACGUCGUGCAGCUCGGCGGCUACGAGAACAUCAUCAUCGACACCACCACCACCACCAUCAUCAUCAUCAUCAUCAUCACAGCCGCAAACUACCCUCUAACUUGGACAUCCUGGAGCUACACACGCUGGAGGUAUUAAAGAGACUGGAGGUCGGACCGCUUGAGGAGGACCCUGCCUUCAGCUCCAAAGUGAAUGGCAAGUUUAAGAAAGUGUCUUCAGUGUCUGCAGUAGCUGUUGAUGGUAGUCAUGACAACGCCCUGCGCCUGGUGCUAUGUAAUGGGAAAAUUGUGAGGGAGAGGUUAUCUAUCAGUAAUGUGGCAGCCAAAGUCAGUGAAGUGGAAAUGUUGCAGUACCAUCAACACAGGAUAAAAUUGAAAAGAAUGCCAAUGUGUCCACAAGAAAAAGUGAAAAAAGAAAAGCGAGAGGAUGAAUAUGGAGUACACUGCACUAUCAAGAAACCACUCAAUCAUGGUCUAACUGUGCAGACUGAACUCGGGACAGAGUCGCCACAUGUAGCAUCUUCAGACAGUGACUCUGAGUCAGAGGCAGAGGAUUCUGCUGAGAAACGCUCAUCAGAGUCAGAGAGCUCUGAGGAAGAGGAUGGAGGAAGCAAGAGAGACUCAGGGAGUUUUGUGGAGCAUCUGAGCAGCCGACCACACGGCCACCAUAAGCAAGCGUUAAAGCGAGAACGUCCUACCUCACCGAGCACAGACUGUGCCAUUCAGGGCAUGCUGUCCAUGGCGGGGCUGCUGUGUCAGCAGGCAUCAGAAGGGGGUGAUAUUUUACAGCAGCAUUGGUGGUCCAGUCAGGGUAACAGUAACAGCAACAGCAGCAGUGACACGUGGGACAGCAGUGAACCCUGUUCGGCACCCCGCACCCCGGAGGGAGAAGAUGGGAGUCUUGGAGAGGAAUAUUCAUAUAGAGAGAGCUCACUUUCUCCUCCACUCCACCCCUCCAAAAGACACGCCCCCAACCCCACACCCAUCAGCAACCAGGCCACUAAAGGAAAGCGUCCUAAGAAAGGACAGGUGACGGCUAAACAGAGGCUUGGGAAGAUAUUGAAAAUGAGUCGCCAUAAAGGCUUAUUCCUGUAGCAUGAUGGAGCAAACAAUGAGACUAUGUGUAAUAAAUCAACACAGCUGCUUUUCUUUAUACGCUGGGAUUAUCUCACACACACACACACACACACACACACACACAGUUCUCUUACUCACUGUGCAUGUUUAGGUGACAGGGUAUGUUUAAUGGCUCACCUUUUCACCGAAUCGCACGAAAUACACAACACAUUAUCCAUCAACGCAGGCAAACCUGCUUUACCCUGGACAACAUUAAAACGUUAACAGCCAAAAGUUUCAAGAGGGAGCACAGAAACGGAUGGUCGGAGGUCCAGACUGAGAGCAGCGUGUGUUCCAGGCAGGAAAACAAAGCCGCAAGUGUGUAUCACGGGCUGAGGCCUCUCCUCUCCCCCACCCUACCUCUUCUCACACCUUUGUAGCAUGAGUGUCCAGGCGCUCGCAGGCCUCUAUGGCCUGACACUGGGACUGUUCCAUUGAUCCUCAGAUUUCCCUCAAGUCAUUAUCAAUCUGCCUAUUUCUCUCUCCUUUUGAUUGUCUCAGGCUGAUGUAUGAGCUUUUGAAAUGGUGCUGAUUGUUUAUAAAUCCUUUUCCAGCCCCCUCUGCCCCUUUUAAGCAAUAAUUGUACAGCAGUGAGUGAUGUAUUGAUGAUUUAGUGGGCCGCGCUUUUAGGAUGCGCAGGAAGUUCUCUCAUGGUGGAACCAUCAAAUCAAAUCAAAGAGUGGCAAAGAUAUAACUACAUGAUUUUCCCUGGAUUUAACAAUGUUUAUCCUCUUUAUCGGUCAUAAAUUAGCGAUUUAAAAGAAUAUUCUGGGGAUUUUUGUUUUAAAUUUUUCAAUGACAGUUGUACCUUAGUUUGUAAAACCAAAACAUUUAAAAGAGGAAAAAAAAUGCUGA